UUAGUGAAUAGCAAUUGGGAUUUUGCAAGUCGCGCAGCUGCUUAUUGUUUUGCAUACCAAUUUUUAAACAAUUUAUUAAAAACAAAAUAAAAAUGUUGAAGCAAGUUACCAAGCAAUUGGCGCUGCAAGGCGUGCGCAACUUUUCGGUCAGCCAACAGAAUAACUAUAAGGUGACCGUAUGCGGCGCCUCUGGCGGCAUCGGCCAGCCGUUGUCGCUGCUGCUGAAGCAAAAUCCCUUGGUCACGGAUCUGUCUCUGUACGAUAUUGUGCACACGCCCGGUGUAGCUGCCGAUUUGUCUCACAUCGAUACCAAGAGCAAAACGACUGGAUUUAUGGGUGCCGACCAAUUGGGCGACUCCCUGAAGGGUUCUGAUGUCGUUGUCAUCCCUGCUGGUGUACCCCGCAAGCCUGGCAUGACUCGCGAUGAUCUGUUCAAUGUCAAUGCUGGCAUUAUUAAGGACAUUUCGAACUCCAUCGCCAAGAACUGUCCCAAGGCUCUGGUGGCUAUCAUCACCAAUCCCGUCAACACCUGUGUGCCAAUUGCUGCCGAGAUUCUGAAGAAGGCCGGCGUGUAUGAUCCCAAGCGCCUAUUUGGUGUCUCUACCUUGGAUGUGGUGCGUGCUCGUGCCUUCAUUGGUCACGCCCUCGGUGUUGAUCCCCAGAGCGUGCAGAUUCCUGUGAUUGGAGGCCACUCUGGUGUCACCAUCCUGCCAGUGCUAUCGCAAAGCCAGCCUCAAUUCAAGGGCAACCAGGAUGCCAUUGAAAAGCUGACUGUGCGCAUUCAGGAGGCCGGUACUGAAGUGGUUAAGGCUAAGGCUGGUGCCGGAUCUGCCACCUUGUCGAUGGCCUAUGCUGGCGCUCGCUUUGCCGGCUCCCUUCUGAAGGGCCUCAAUGGCGAUAAGAACGUUAUCGAGUGCUCGUACGUGCAGUCCAACAUAACUGAGGCGACAUUCUUCUCCACGCCAUUGGUGCUGGGUAAGAAUGGUCUGCAGGAGAACCUGGGACUGCCCAAGCUGAACGACUAUGAGAAGAAGUUGCUGGAGGCUGCCAUUCCCGAACUUAAGAAGAACAUUCAGAAGGGCAUUGACUUUGCCAAUGCUUAAGUGUUAUCAGCUUGCAGCUACACACUAGCCAGUCAACCAGUCAAUCGGCCCCACACUAGUGAUAUCCUUCAUUAGCUAUCAUUUAAACUUCAUGCCAGCAUUGGUUAUUUACUUAACAAAUUAGAUCGUCUUAAGUUGAAAAGUGUAAAACAAUCGUUUGUCCAAAGAUUAAAAUGCAAACCGCUCACCAUCUUUCAAAAUAAUGCUGA